GGGCGGGGUCGGUUCGGUCUCCUCGGCUUUUGAUUGGCUGUCAAAAGGCUCAGCGAAGUGAAGCUACCCGUAGUCUUAUUCAGCAUGUUUUGCUCAAGAAAUGUCAGCCAGGAGCGGGUAUCUACUCCUUCCGACAAAUUACACCACAACAAUGUCAUGCUCCGACAGCCCAGCAGGGAACUCCUUCUUAGUGAAUUCCUUAAUUAGCGCGCGCUCGGAAGGCGGCGGGGAUUAUUACCCGGGAAGCGGCGUGUACUUCCCUGCGGCGUCGGAGUUGCCCUACGGACUGCCAAACUGUGGAUUUUUCCCAGGACUGAGUAAAAGAAACGACGCGACUUGUCAAAAUAUGGUCCCGACCAGCAGCCCUUAUAUGUCGGGAAUGCAAGUGUGGCUGGAGACGUCCAGCAGCGGCAGCAGCGGCAGGUCGUGCCGCAUGGAGCAGCAGUCGGUGGUGGGCCAGCAGCAGCAGCAGCAGCAGCAGCAGCAGCAGGGCACCGUGUGCUCCUUCCCCGCGAGUAUCAAAGAGGAGAGCUCAUACUCCGUGUACGAGUCGGGUAAGACCGCAAAAGCCUCGAACGCCGAGGACGUCGUGUGCUACCCCAGGGCGCCGCCGGGCUCGUGCACAGGUGGCGAGAGCAGCCCGGUCCCCGUACCCGGGUACUUCCGCCUGUCUCAGACUUACGCGACGUCCAAAGUUUAUCGCGACGUCGUUCAGUCGAGCCCGUCGCACUUCACGCUCCAGACCCCCGCGCGCUUCGACAGCCCACCUUCGUCCACGUCGACGACAGAGCGCGCCCGGAGGGACGGGGACGCGCCUUUCAGCUGCGCGCCCGCCAGGCAGACUAGAGAGGAGGAAACGCGCGUUUCUUCGAGCGAGGAGCCGCCUUCGCCCGAUCCCGCCGAAAGCCGCAGCGCCAGUGUCAGCGAGGGAGCGGACGCACUGACAGGCGCACAUGGAGGCUCGAAAGGUGAGUGUGCGGCGACCUGGCUGACAGCGAAGAGUGGCCGGAAGAAGCGCUGUCCCUACACCAAACACCAGACUCUGGAGCUCGAGAAGGAGUUUCUCUUCAACAUGUACCUGACGCGCGAGCGCCGUCUCGAGAUCAGCCGCAGCGUCCACCUGAGCGACAGACAAGUCAAAAUUUGGUUUCAGAACCGGAGGAUGAAGCUGAAGAAAAUGAGCCGGGAGAACAGGAUUCGGGAGCUUCAUUACUCAUGACCAAGCUGCAGUGUCUGGAGUGCAUCUACCUUAGCAGACCUGCCUGACUGCUUGUGUGACUCUGCAAGAAGACCUUUGAUUGGUGACUCCGGGUAGCUGCAUGUUCACGAUGUUCGCAGAAAAAAAAAGGUUUGUCACGUGUAUUUCAAGGUGGAAUAUAUUAUUUAUGAAAUGUGGUCGAAUAUUGCAUCUUCUAGGAGUACAAAUAUAGUAGUAUUUGUGUGUUGGGAAAGUGUAAGACACACUUAAGUUAGUGUAAAACAUGACUCUGGUUUAUACCACAGUGUAAAUUUACUAAUAGUUGGCCUCUGAGAGCUUUGCAAGGAGAACUGUGCAUGAUGUACAUUACAGCUGUUGUUGAGCUUGUCUAAACCAUUUGAGAAACCAAAUAAACAUAUUGUUACACUGCUUAGGUAAACAGUAUCUCAGUUUUGAAAUGAACAAUAAUUGUUUCUGCUGGAUAAAUUAUAUUCCAUAUACCUCUUUUUGUAGUACAUUGUGUUGAUAUUCCUGAACAUCCCAUCCUGUCUGACAGUAUUUUCUGCAAUCCAUUUUGUAUAAGAGAUACAUUACAUUAUUUGUUUUAAAGAGAGUUUUACACGU